UGAGGCGGCAGCAAUAAUAAUGCGCGGCUGCCGCUAGCAGCAGCAUUGCUGGAGCGCCUUCCCGGGCACCAUGCGAGCCUGCCCGUGAUCCUUGCCGCUCGCGGGCUGGAGGAAGGAGAGGCCCCCGCAGAGCCAGCGUCAUGCAUCCCGGGGCUCCUCUGCUCUCCUUGAUGCUGUGCGCCUUGGGGACGUUCUCCGGAGCUCGCUCUUGGCGGGCAGACGCCUUGCUGACGGAGAUGGAGCGAAGGGACGAGGAUCGCUUUGCGGAGCGGCAAAACACCGUCCCUUUCCGGCUGAUCUACAGCACGGACGAAGGCAACGAAACUCAGCACGACCUGCUCAACACCCGCAUCGGCAGCAGCUCGGAUGGGAAGCAGUCCACUCAUAUUGCCCGAGCCAGCUUCCAGGUUGAUGCUUUUGGAUCUUCCUUCAUCUUGGAUGUAGAAUUAAACCAUGAUUUACUGUCUUCAGACUACCUUGAGAGACAUAUUGAACAUGGAGGAAAGAAGGUGGAGGUUAAAGGAGGAGAACAUUGUUAUUACCAUGGCCACCUGCGAGGGAAUUCAGAAUCAUUUGUUGCCCUGUCAACAUGCCAUGGACUUCAUGGCAUGUUCUACGAUGGAAAUCACACAUAUCUUAUUGAACCAGAAGAAAACCACAUCUCACAUGAGGAAUUCCAUUUACACUCUGUUUACAAAUCCAGAUUAAUUGAGUUUCCUUUGGAUGAUCUUCCCUCUGAAUUCUGGCAUUUGAAUACCACAUCACAGAGAUUUGUUUUGAAACCAAGACACAGAAGAAGCAAAAGGCAGGUCCAUCAGAGCCCACAUAAGGUUGAAGAGGAAACAAAAUAUGUUGAACUAAUGAUAGUAAAUGAUCAUCUAAUGUUGAAAAAGCACCGAUUAUCGGUUGGCCACACAAACAGCUUUGCUAAAUCAGUAGUGAACAUGGCAGAUUUAAUUUAUAAAGAACAACUCAACACCAGGAUAGUACUGGUUGCUAUGGAAACCUGGGGUACUGAUAACAAGUUCACCAUAUCUGAAAACCCACUGGUGACUCUGCGUGCAUUUAUGAAAUACAGGAGGGAUUUUAUCAAGGAGAGAAGUGAUGCAGUUCAUCUUUUUUCAGGGAGUCAGUUUCAAAGCAGUCGCAGUGGGGCAGCUUACAUUGGUGGAAUUUGCUCAUUAAUGAAAGGUGGAGGUGUGAAUGAAUUUGGAAAACCUGAUUUAAUGUCAGUUACUCUGGCACAGUCCUUAGCUCACAAUCUUGGUAUUUUCUCAGACAAAAGAAAACUGCAGAGUGGUGAGUGUAAAUGUGAAGAUACAUGGUCUGGAUGCAUAAUGGGAGACACUGGCUACUAUCUUCCAACCAAGUUCUCCAAAUGUGAUGUUGAGGAGUAUCAUGAUUUUUUGAAUAACGGAGGUGGAGCCUGUCUUUUCAAUAAACCUUCUAAGCUUCUUGAUCCUCCAGAAUGUGGCAAUGGUUUUGUUGAAGCCGGCGAAGAGUGUGACUGUGGUACUCUUGCAGAAUGUACCGUGGAAGGGAGUGAUUGCUGUAACUCCUGCUCUCUAACUGCUUCCUCCCAGUGCAGUAAUGGUCUGUGUUGUAAGAAAUGUCAGUUUGAAGCAAAGGGAGUUGUGUGCAGGGAAGCAGUAAAUGAUUGUGAUAUUCCAGAGAGCUGUACAGGAUCUUCAAAUCAGUGUUCUCCAAAUCUCCACAAAAUGGAUGGGUAUUCAUGUGAUGACAAACAGGGCAUUUGUUUUGGAGGACGAUGCAAAACAAGAGACAGACAGUGCAAAUAUAUUUGGGGAGAAAAAGCGACAGCUGCUGAUAAAUAUUGCUAUGAUAGACUGAAUAUAGAAGGGACUGAGAAAGGUAACUGUGGCAGAGACAAAGAUACUUGGAUACAGUGUGAAAAUCAGGAUGUGCUUUGCGGCUAUCUUCUGUGCUCCAACAUUGUCUCUAACACCCCAAGACUUGGGGAACUUGAAGGUGAAAUCACUUCAUCUUCGUUCCAAACUCAGGGGAAAUCCUAUAACUGCAGUGGCGGUCACGUUAAGCUAGAGGAAGAUGCAGACCUUGGCUAUGUAGAAGAUGGGACACCGUGCGGUCCUGAAAGGAUAUGUUGGGAACAUAAAUGUCUUACUGUGGAUUCCUUUAACUUCAGCUCCUGCCCAGGAAGUAUAGGAGGCAACAUUUGUUCAGGACAUGGAGUUUGCAGUAAUGAAAUACAGUGUGUCUGUGAUCCGUUAUGGACGGGUGAAGAUUGUAACACCACCCUCUUACAAGAAAGAAGCAGCAAUAUUACCAGUCCAGGUGUGGCGGCUAGCACAAAUAUUAUUAUAGGUGCCAUUGCUGGUACCAUUUUGGUACUGGCUCUCAUUCUGUGCAUAACCGCUUGGGGUUACAAGUCAAACGGAUUAUCUCAUUCAUGGAGUGAAAGAAUCCAAGAUGCAAAGAACCUUUCGGACAUCUGUCAAAAUGGGAGACCAAGGAGUAACUCAUGGCAAGGUAAUAUAGGAGGAAACAAAAAGAAAGUCAAAGGCAAAAGAUUUAGACCACGGUCCAAUUCAACUGAGACUCUUUCUCCUGCAAAGUCCCCAUCAUCAUCUACUGGCUCCAUUGCCUCCAGCAGAAAAUACCCAUACCCCAUGCCUCCACUUCCUGAUGAGGAGAAAAAAGCCAACAGAGCAAGUGCCAGGCUAUGGGAGACUUCCAUUUAGUUCCAAUGUCUACCUGAGCUGAUGCCAGAACUGUUUACUUCAGAUUUUAUACAAACUCAGCAUCACUGAGUCACUGAACAUUCAUCUGCUUAUUGGACAUUUUGACAGAACAGAGAGGUACAUCGGCAUGGAGGAAACAAGUUCUUCUUCUGAUGGAAUAGUCAAUUUUCUGCAGCUGACUAGAAUUUUGUUAAUGACACGUGUAAGAACAACCAAACCAUAGAAAAAAUAUUAACAUGGGAGACUGAAUAUGAUGUUAUUUUGCACGAUGACAGAUAAUAUGUAGACAUGCUGCUAAAACCAAUUGGAGUCUCAGCUGUGGGUUUUCUCUGGUCUAAUAUAGUCCCAAAUAACUUUAAAAACAGAAUUCAGAAUUUGGUAUGUAAACAUUUAUGCUAUGUGCAUGAAUCCCUCUGUUCUCCACUUUCCAUGUGUAAAGGGUUAGUCAUUAUAUCUUAGUAGAAUUAGCAUGCAGGAAUAUGAAAUGGAGGACUUUUCAACAGGUGGAGUCUAAAGCUAUGAGACGCAAACAUUUGACAUAAGCAUCCAAAAACAAGUGACUUUUUUACCUUUUGUGAUUAUAUUCUCGGUACAAGAAACACAUAUAUGUGUACAAAGUUGUAAAAUAUCAACAGAGCAAUCAUAUAAUGUGGUGUUUGUUUGAAAAAUAGUCAUCAUGACUGAAUAUCAUCACACACUUCAAAGAUCUGUUGGAAAUAAGCAAUUCUAAAAAUACUGUGGUUGGGAUACCGGCACACUGUCUCUCAGAACAAGCUCUGGACCAAAAUCUAUGAAGUUUAGUCAAACUCUGGGGAUGGGACAAUCCAGCCAUUGUCCAACCAAAGUUAAGCACAUUUUUGUCCCAUUGAUUUAAAUGGGAGAACAUUAAGUAAAUGUUUAAUUCUUCCCUGACUCCCAGAGAAUAUUUUUAAUUCUUCGGGAUAGCACUUCUCCUUUGGAACUUUUGCCUUAACACCUCUGAGGGCUGGACCUUCCUGCUCUUCCAGACAGGUCUGGCAACACAUGAAUUAGGCAAUAAAAGGUAACGAUGCUGAAAAAUGUGUCAGAAACUUAAAAAUCGCAACGUGAACAUUGUGAAAGAGAAUGGAUCAUAGGACACCCUCAUAUUUCCCUGCCUACCUCAUCCAUACAUAUGGUGAGUCAGAAGACUUAAGAUGCACUGGUACCCUUCAAAUGGGGGGGAAUGCCCUGGGAGGGUACUGGAGCCCAGAAAUUCAUGGUAAGAAAUUUACCCAAUCUCCUUUGACUCUCUGGUAUCAUUCUCAACCCUUUAGGAAUCAUAAAACUACUUUAUCUCAAAGUAGGCUUCUAGUUGCUUAUGGUAUCUAUAUCCUCUGCAACACUACCAUUCCCAAGGGCAGAACAUUUUGCUAUUUGGUAAACAAGUGGGCUUCAGCCCAUGUUGCACAUUCAGCCCAGUGGAGGCCAACAAUACUCCAGCCGAAUCCCUCUCCUGUUGCCUGGGAAUGGGAAGGCUAGUCUAGGUCCCAGAAGGAAGGUGACAAUGUUAGGAGUUCUAGUGACAAAUGUCAUUUAAGGGACACGAAGUAGUGUGACUUGGUUGACUUCCAUUUCCUACCAAAGAAGGCCACUAGGAGUGAGGGGCACAGUGUCACAACUUGAGGAUGGCAACAUCACAAGUAAUAUUGCCCCUCGGAGGAAGCAAGCCUUUGAUCAAGUGAGUCCUAGAAAAUGUCAAAGAGGUCAGGUUCUGGAAUCAGCAGCUAGAUUUCUGCUGGUUUUAAAUCUUUGCAUUUAUAGACCUUAUUACAUUGUAUCUGCCUUGAAUCUCAGUAAGAAAGGUGGACUAUAAAUAAUGUAAAUAAAUAAAUGAGAGGAGGACAGUAAGUUCUCAGUUUUAGAGGGCCUUGUUAUGAAGUCCCAGGCAUGAAGCAUUGCUUCCCUAGAGUGCUUGCCAGAUGCUAAGUCAGAAGGUGGGUCUUGUAAUACUGGGUAGGUGGCACCUCUGGAUGAUACCUCUGGUUUAACCUGGACUUCCUGGAGGUACAGGAGGCAACGGUGGAACCUAGCUUGUGAGACUCCUGGUUCAAUACCCUGAAAUGUUAGCAGUAAUUUUCUCUGCUUCUCUGAGAUUAAUAGUAAGUGAACCCAACCAAACUUCCUUUUGUUGUCAAAGUCACUUGAAGCAAGAGAUGCUGACUAUACACCACCAGUUGCAGGGGAACCACCUUUUAGUCUAUCCUAGUCAAUGUACAAAAAAUCUAAUAAGGGAAGAAAGAUGCAGAAAUAUUUGUGCUCACAGUAUAGAUCCAGCACUAAUAUAAAUGGUUUAGGACACUAGAAGCCAUUUGUGAAAGAAAUUCACCUUCCCUUCCUCUUCUCUGACCUUACUCUGUUUGGUGCCCUAACAAGAAGAUACUUGUACUUAGGAAAAACUGUGGGAUUAUCCCACAGCAAAGGAGCCAGAUUUUCUGGGAUUAUUGAUUCUUUGAGAUUGUUAUUACUUUGAGUUUCCUCCAGCGCACCCAAAGAUCAUUCUCCCCACAACUGAAUUGGAUGAGAUCUGGGUAAAACCAGGCUUCUGCCUAACCAUACACGUAUAGGAAGUGGGGAGGGGGGAACACGGGUGUCCUUCUGCCCUAAUCCUCCUAUUCCAAGAGGAGGUGCUAACCCAAAAGAGAAAUUUCAUUCUCUCUUCCAUUGAACUCGAUGAGUCUUUAAAUGUGGUAUGUUCUGGCUGCAUCAUUCCUUGUCUUACACAAAACAAUUUUAACUCUGCUGCCUGGAAAAAAAAGAGUGGUGAUGAUCAGAAUGGUAAAUUUGCUGUAUAUAUUACAUAUUCAUUUUACAAAGUUCAGCUAUAUGCCAUUUAUCCUAUAUGAUGAUAUAAUACUUUGUAGAUAGCACCAUUUUGAUCAAACUGGAAAUGCCAUCUGAAUGGUUUGAUAAAAUUGCCAUAGACUAUUAAUCUAAGUGGAUGGUAUGUUAUGUAAAAAGUCUUUUUUCAGACAUCUAGUAAUAACAUACACAGAUGGUUCUCCAUUUCUAGUUAAACAACAAGCAGAAUUGUGUACCACAUGCAUCUUCAUAAUGUUGUGCAAUCACCAGUUGUAAACUGAUAAUGGGUAUGAACUGGUAUAUUUCGUAUCUGAAAAGAUGCAGAACCCUUUCACUUGGUUUUUGAAAACAUAUGAAACUCAAUGAAGGCAGCAUAAUACUGCCAGUAUAAAUCCUUAUAUUUAAGUAAAAGGUAAAGGUGCAAGCACUGAGUCAUUACUGACCCGUGGGGGGACGUUGCGUCACGACGUUUUUUUGGCAGACUUUUACAGGGUGGUUUGCCAUUGCCUUCCCCAGUCAUCUACACUUUACCCCCAGAAAGCUGGGUACUCAUUUUACUGACCUCAGAAGGAUGGAAGGCUGAGUCAACCUUGAGCCAGCUACCUGAACCCGGCUUCCGCCAAGAUCGAACUCGGGUUGUGAGCAGAGCUUGGGCUGCAGUACUGCAGUUUACCACCCUGUGCCAUGGGGCUCCUUUACCUAAAUUUAAGUAAUAAUGUUAAAAUACCAGGCAACUGUGAUAUAAAAUUGAAGAAAAUAGCUAAAAGGAAAAGAGGAAGAAUCUUAAAAGAUUUUUACUGCCUUGGGAUUUUUUGUUGUUUAGAUGGCAUUAAAACACCAUUAAUUUUUUUUUUGCUGUAAAAAUGGUUCCAAUCAAUUUUACUGUGGUAAUCUUGAAAAGUGUGUUCCAGAUUUAUGCAAGAUGAAAUGAUAGGAAUAAGCACCUUAUUGUAACUGUGGUAGAAAAUUGUCUUCUCAAGAUACAUGCUUUGCAAGGUUUAUGUAUGGCGCUUUGCAGCUGCACAAUUUUCAUUGCAAACUUGCUGAAAUGAGAGAGAUGCAUGCUUCCUUUUAAUUGUGAAGGGUUCCACUAUAGUGCUUCCUAGAUACAACUAGGAAAGAGAUCUAGGGAAAAUAUUCCCUUGCAGGGAUUAGGAUAAAAUGGCAAAAGGGGCUAUAUGGAAAGGAACUGAUGGGACUUCCCCCUGGCUGCUGAAGAACAAAAUCAGUCAAAAGCCUACUCAAGGCAAGAACAUCAGCCAUUUUAUAACAUUUGAAUGGGUUCAUAAGUGGUAUUUCAGAAUUUCCUACCUCUUUUAUGUGAUUCCUUUGGUAGGUACGUUCCCUCUUGUUGCCUCCGUUCAUGUAACUGAGUUUGUUUUAAGAAAUUCCAUUUAUUUGAGCAUGUUCAUUCUAGGAGAAGAUAAGAUACUUCUAAGAAUGUCCCUAAUUGUAAAAUAUGUAAGACUUAUAAAAUACUAUAUUUAUAAGACUUCACAAGGUUAUAUUUAUACAAUUUUGGCCUUGCAGCCAUAAAUAUCCCUAUAAGAGGCAUAACACUUUGGUAAGUAUUUUUCAUUUGUAACAAAUAUGAAAUAUCUCAAAGUAGAAAUCCAUGAGAAGUGUCUAAGAGGUUGUUGAUUAUAUAUAAGAGAUUAGUUUUGGAAAUAUUUGCCAGGGAUUGGACAAUGGAAGCUGGGGAAUUCUGUUGAAGUCAUGGUUGCCUUUCUGUAAGUUUUCUAUAGUUUCAUUGGAUGUGUGGAAUCCAUUUCUAGACCAUUUCCCAGUAAGUUCAAGAGUAUUUAAUGGCCAGUGAUACGCUAAUUCUGGAGAACAACCUUCUUAUACACUAGUUUUUUAUAGUCCUCCCUUGCUGAAGUAUUUAGAUGUUUAUCAUGUGCCUUUUUCAAUGCUUUGGUUUGAUAAAACCCAUCUGCCACUUGAAACAGUUUGGUGAUACUUUCUGUGUCCUCCUUCCUUCAUCUUGUUUUCAGAUGAAGUGCAAAGAUUUUUUGAGGGACAGACAGCUGAAUGUAACGUAGUGGGCAUUGAGGCAAGUCAUUGCUGAGAAAACAUCUUUCUUUAGAAAUAAUGGCGUGCAUUGUGCUCACCACUUUCAUCGUCUUCCAUUCAUCUCAUUAAUGUGUAAACUUAGAAUUGACCAUUCUUGGAUGAUUGCUAAUAUUUGUAAAUAUUCAGCCACUUGGUAAUUUCAUUGUAAAGCUAAAUAAUAAUUUUAAUAAAUUUUGGCUUUUA